AAGAUCGAUGAUGCUUAUCACUACUCAUUUCUCAGUACUCACCAAUUCUACAUACAAGCUGCAAGCUUCUGUCAUCUGUCCGAAAUAUUUUGAUCUCUGUUCUUUGUGCUUCGAAAGAAGAAGUUGCUAGCUAUCACAGGAUUCCUGCUAGAUGGGGUCUCUGAUGGCCGGCUGGGAUUCGCCUAUUCUUGGCGACGACACCAAAGCUCGUAGAAUGAGGAGCCGGUCGCUGACGAAGGAGGAGGUGGAGGCGUUCUGGCGGCAGCAGGGGAAGCCGGCGCCGGAGGAAGGCGUCACCUCGCCGCUUGCCUCCCCUCGUCCAACCAUGGAGAAGAGCCCGCUGGGGAGCUCGAAACAGAGGAGCAUGUCUCCCGUGGCUCGUGACGCGGCCGCCGACGACGCCGAGGGUAGUCCCGGCAAGAGCCGAGACUGGUGGACGAGGAGCAACUGGGCGUUCCUGAACGAGCCGCCGCUGGAGGAGGCGCCGGGCACGGCGCACAGCUACACGCCGCAGUUCCAUGUCGCCGCCGGAGGCCAGAUCGCCACCGGCAACGUCUGACUGGAUUUACAGACUAGUACCACGCUACGCUGAUGGACUAUCUGUACGGCCCACUGUGUGCACCGUGUUGAUGUGCCACGGGCUCGCUACUUGUCCUCCGUGUAAAUACGUACUUCAGUAUAUUUGCAAACACAUAUGUGAGUGAUGUGUAUGUAAAAAAGGUAAAUAAUGUAUAUUUCUACUAGGAAGUGGCGCAUAAAGGACUGCCCAUCUAAGAGCAUCUCCAAUAGAUGAUGUGAAAUAGGACAACUAAAAGAGGUGCCUCUAGAAAGCUUUUUUUUUUUUGUUUUGUUUUACAAUAUGGUGUAUUUUAGGGAACCUGUGCUGAAGUAGAUAAUGUAAAAUAGGGCACAUUCCGCAAACUUCAAUCAAAUUUUUACACUUCGAAUUCA